AAGAUGGUUUAAUAAGAUAGAAGUAUUGUACUUCGGUCUACUAACUCCGAAUGACGUCGCCUCUCCCUUCACGUGACCGACGUUUAUCCCAUUCAUUGGAUAAUUCACUUCAGGUAACUCCGAGUCAGGUACAUCGUUGGCAGAAGAUAAGUAAGACUGCGAAAGAACGGGACAUGGAAUCUUUCCAAUAGACUUUUAUGCUGCGCCAUGUUCUCUCUAAAGUUCCUAUACAACACCCCUCUCGGGGCGAUGAUCACGGGAAGAAGUAAAAAAGAACGUAAAGAUGAAGUGAUUGUGGCAGAAUCCGAUCCAAAUUUAGAUUUGAAUCCCGUUUUGGCAUCGUACGUUCGAUCCAUACCUCGAGCCCAAUGGUAUCGUAAUGUGUUAUUACAGGGAUACUUAGUACCACCCAACGUUCUCUAUCGAUUAGACUCUUUCGAAAUCCGUCCCGAUGACGUCUUCAUCAUCACUUAUCCCAAAUCAGGUACCACGUGGACAGAAGAGAUUGUAUCACUUAUAUAUAACGAUGGAAACACUAAUAAAGUAAAGGAUAAAUUAUUAAUUUAUCGGGUUCAUCAUUUGGAAGUUGCUCGCCCAAUAGGGCAUUGGAGGUUCUUGAGGAAUUUAAAAUCACCCCGAUUAAUGGCCACACAUCUUCCACUACCUCUCAUCCCAACUCAACUCAGACAAGCCAAGUGUAAGAUAAUUUAUGUAGUGAGAAAUCCUAAAGACAAUGCCGUAUCUUACUAUCAUCAUCACAGAAUGAGUACUUUCCUCGGCAAUUAUAAAGGAACGUGGGAUGAUUUUCUUACCUACUACAUGAAAGGUUACAUGGUCUACGGAUCGUGGUUCGAUCACGUUCUUCCUUAUUGGAAAUUCGCUCAGGAACACCCGAACAAAGUUCUUUUCAUAUCUUUCGAAGAACUGAAAAUGGAUCUUUCUGGAAUGGUAACACACAUAGCAAAUUUUCUCGAGCGCCCACUAAAGCCAGAAGCUAUCAAAGCCAUAGCUAAUCAUUGUUCUUUCGAGCAGAUGAAGUGUAAUAAUAUGGUUAACAGAGAAGUUCUGCCGAUUUCGGAUAUUUUCGACAUGUCAGAAUCGAAAUUUAUGAGGAAAGGCAUCAUCGGAGAUUGGAAAAACUAUUUUACUCAGGAACAAAACGAAGCAUUUGACAAACUUUACAAAGAAAAAAUGGAGUCUUCGGGACUCGACUUGGUAUUCGAACCCGAAGAUGCAUACAACAGAAUGAAUGCUUACGGAAGGCUCAUCAAACCCUCUCCAUUCAUAUACCAAAAUGGUAUCAAAUCCCAAACUACCUGACGAGAAGGAAUGUUCAAAUUCUUUAAAAAAAUAAAUAAAAUAUACAUUUAUAUAAUAAUAACAACAAUAAUUAAUAAAUAAGAAACAAGAUUUUAUUGUUUCUUCCAUUAAAAAAAACACCGUUAACUGCCACUGUGUGAACAAGUCUGUGCCCAUCUAGUAACUUGCUAGAUAGACAUUAAUAGCUCGAACAUUUAGAUAAUGUUUAUAUAUAUAUAU